AUGCACAGUGACUUGUCCUCGCGGCAAAUGAAUGCCCUCGCACAACCCAUUUGGGGCGGCAGGUGGCCAGUUGCGGUGGAAAACGUCCUGGCGCAGGGCUCCGGAACUUCAUGCAGUUCCAGCCAGGAGCAGGGGCAAGCCCAGGCUGCGCAGGCCGAAGAAUUCACACAGGAGCUGCAGCAGCCAGUCUCCAGUCAGGAUGGACUCAAUUCAGAGACAGGUGCACAGUGCAUGUGGCAGCUAGACGCCCGUGCUGUUUUUCCACCUGGCACCUGUGUAUGGCCUGCAAUUUUCAUGACCGGCGAUGGCUGCUUCACAGGUUUUCCUGUCGGCAGCGUACUUCCAUCGCAGGAUGUCACGCAGCAGGCACCAACAACGGGAGCGUCUCAGUCCGACGUCGCGCAGCCUCCGGUGACCGAGGCGAACGCCUCGAAUGGGUCGAACGGCUCGACAUCACCGAGAAAUGGCAUCAGCCGCACGUCCACCAGCCGAAAGCAGCGCCGCCGUUUGAAAGCAGCGAAUACAGCAACUGCCGACUCUGUAAAGGGCCCUGCUGCAGACGAACAGCUAGAGAAGGCGCAGCCAGCACUUCCCGGUCUUGUGAACGGGCCCCGCGGCGCCCAACAGGUCUCAGCUGCGCCAGCAUGCCCUGGGCCUCUUCCCGAGUCGCUCGAAGAGCCAGCCCCGACCAGUCCGACCAGUGCGAACUGCGAGGGCCCCGGCCAGCUCUGGCCUCCGACGCCCGAGUCCACACCACCCUGCUCACCCCGAGACUUCGGUCCAAGUUUUUGUGCCUUCCCAGGCAUCUGGCAUGUAGAGAUUCCGAGCAUGGUCUUGCCGGAGCCAGUGGCUUUGCCGGAGAUGUCUUCGAUGCAAGCGGAGGAAGUUCCAGAUGCAGAAUCCCAGGCAUGCGAGCAGAUGAUCUCCCAACUGGACGAAGAUGCCAGUCGAAGAGCCGAGGUGAUGGAGUUGCUCUGGACUUCCACUUGGUCGAUGGCGUGCACUCCUGGUGGCACUCGUGUCGUCCAGAAGGCGUUGGAGGUUGCUGACACGACGGAGCGCAUAUCGCUGGCAGAGCAGCUGCAGGGUCACGUUAGGGAAGCUUUUGCGUCACCCCAUGCCAACCAUGUCCUUCAGAAAUGCAUUGAGCUCAUUCCUCCAGACCGCCUCCAUUUCGUUCUGUCUGAGAUGCUCGGGCACGCAGUAGCAGCAGCACGGCAUCGUUACGGCUGCCGGGUUCUGGAGCGUCUUCUCGAGCACUGCCCCAGUGAGCAGACGGCGCCCCUGGUCGAGGAGGUCCUAGCGGGUGCUCCGCAACUUUGCCGUCACACCUUCGGCAACUUCGUUGUGCAGCACGUGCUUGAGCACGGGACGGUCGAUCAGAAGCGCCAGAUCGUGGAUGUCAUUCAUGCCGACAUCCAGCGACUGGCUCGCCACAGGGUUGCCAGUCAUGUUGUGCGGUGCGCGCUGAAGCACAGCCCUCUGGAAGACAGGCAGAAGCUGGUGCAAGCCAUUCGGAAAGACCCUGCCGAUCUGGCAGACUUAGCUCACCACCAUUGUGGAAGCUUUGUUGUGCGAGAGAUGCGCCGGGCGGAUGUUUUGCACCGCUGA